AUUAAAGAUGGAAAAGCGUAAAUCAAAAGUUUACUGAUAGUACGAUCGCGUGUCUUGACUACGAAGAUGCACCAAGAAGAACAGAUAUCGUAUAUUGGCACUGAUUUAAUAAAUAUGCUACCGGGCUAUCAAACGAAUGUUACUCCUCUCGCCACCCCUUCCUCCCAAAGCGUUAGACAUUUGAACCCUUAUCCAGCCUCUCGGGGUCAAAUCAUCAUUCGGAUUCGGAUAAAACUGGGCUUAGUAAACAGAGCCCUCCUCCAAUCAGACUUCGUUUCUCCGCAAAACACGUAAAGGGUACCUUUUCUAUAAUCAACAAACGACCCCCAUGGCAACGGCUGCAGUGAAAGAACAUUUGACAAUGUUCAUUGUCGUUCGUAAAGAUCUGACAAAGAGCUUGAGCUGGAACACAGGAAGUGUGAUGACGCAGGCUUGCCAUGCUGCAACAGCAGUCUUACACGUGACAAGGAACGAUCCGGAUACAGAAGAGUAUUUGACCGAUGUCACACGCAUGCAUAAAGUAGUCCUCGAGACGAAAAACGCAAACUCGUUGGAAAAGCUAGAAGCAGCUUUGAAGGAGCAUCAGAUACCACACUACAAGUGGGUGGAGCAGCCCGAAGAUAUCCCUACGGCACUUGCAACAGCGCCACUCCGCGAACGAACACCUGAAGUCAAAGAUGUGUUUAAAAAGCACUGCUCCCUAUAUCGAUGAUGAUCGAAGAAGAUGAUCGCUUUCUGUGUUUCGUGAUAAUGAUAACGGUGUUUGGUUGUUAUCAGGAAAAUAAAAAGAAGAAGCAUUCACCUUGUAAUAAAAAAAACGCGAUGGAUGAGAUCCAUCAAAUCUCUCUCAU